AAAACCAAAAAGCAAGACUGAUUUUUAUUGAUAAAAAUUUGAAGAAGAAGAAAAAGAAGAUGAAGAUGAAAUAAAUAAAUAAAUGAAAUGGAGAAGGUGGGAAGGUGGUGGAGCUGCCGGUGAAGACUGGUAUUGUUAGUUUCAGCUAAGUGAGUUUAUUGCAAAAUAUAUUAACUUUUAACGAGAUACAGCCUCAGACUUGAUACCAAAAGCCAAGUGAGCGAGAGAGAGAGAGAGAGAAAGAAGGGGUUCAAGAAAGAAGAAGAAGAAGAAGACAUGCACAAUCCCAUUUCCUGUUUCACUACACUUUAUUAAAUCAUUUUACUCAAAGGUUCCUCUUUUUCUACUUUUUAUGCCUUUUCUCAAACUGGGUUUUUUUUUGGGUGGGGGUGUCCUUCUGAAUGUGUUUUUUUUUACUUCUUCAUUUUAUAUCUGCAACUUUUUUUUGGGUAAAUCAUAUUAUGGCAGAGCCGUGAAAUGUUUAUAAGAUUGCAUGUGGAGCCUUUAGAUGUUUAUGCUGUGUUCGGUUCCUGGUUGCCAAUGAGUGUUCAUCCUAAAUAUAAGUCAGAAUCACAAGUAUUUGUUGGUUGUUCAUCGUGGGAGGACGGUUCAACUGAGUCACAUGCCCAACAGUCAUCUGUAUCCAAAAGUCUGAGCUUGAAUAUGGGAGUUUCAACACAACAAUUUAACAACACCAAGCAAUUGAUUUUCCAAUUUCAAGAUCAAGAUUCAUCUUCAACUCAAUCUACAGGUCAAUCUUACUCUGAAGGAGCUAGUAUGAAAGGGAACCUGUAUGGAAAUGACAUGAUUUCAACUUUAUCAGGGUAUAAUGAAAAUCAGGGGAAGACUAUGGGAAGCCAUAUUAAACAAGUCUCAUUAAUGGGAAAUCAAGACUUUGUCCUCCCUUCACAACUUGAGUAUAGUCAACCAAUUGCUCACAUUCCAUAUGGCUAUGCUGAGCCAUACUUCGGUGGCUUACUGGCUGCUGCAGCAUACGGGCCACAUGCUGUGGUUCACAAUUCCCAGGUUGUGGGGUUGGCUCCCGCCCGAGUGCCUUUGCCUCUUGAUCUUACAGAGGAUGAGCCGCCCAUUUAUGUCAAUGCAAAACAAUACCGUGCAAUUUUAAGGAGGAGAAAGUUUCGAGCCAAGCUUGAAGCUCAGAACAAAUUUCUCAAAGUUCGAAAGCCGUAUCUUCACGAAUCUAGGCACCUUCAUGCACUGAAGAGAGCUAGAGGAUCUGGCGGACGCUUUCUGAACUCAAAGGAUGUCCAAGAAUCAAAUCAUGCCACUACAGGACAUGAUCUUCAUUCUUCCAGCUCUGCUCGAAGUCAUAUGAAUAAAGAAAUGAUGGAAUCCGAAGCUCAACAACUGGAGAACUACAAAGAUGGUUCUUCUACCACCUCUUGCUCUGAAGUCACUAGUGCCUCUAACAGUGACGACAUCUUUCAGCAGCAGGAGUUUCGGUUCUCUGGCUACCCUAUGCAUGGUCACGAUGUUGAUUCACGCAGGGGUGUGAACCAACAUCACAACUCUACCUGUCGGUAAGAGAUCUUGCCUUCAACCGUUAACAUUAGCAAUCCGUGUUUGGUGUUCGAAUUGAAUACAGGUGCUGGUGUUCCAAUGGGAAGUCAUCCUUGGCUCGUUACAGUUUGCUUAAUUUAGCGUUUAUUUCCAUGUGAUCUUAGCUUGUUGAACUCGAAAGACAUUUUUUACGUUUCACUAAUGUAUCGCUUAAGACUUUCUAUGACUUGGCGAAACGUACUCGCUUUGUUUGUGAAAACUAUGGAUUAUGAUCACCAGGAAAAAGAACUGCUGUGUGAUAAAAAAUAAUGUUACUUGAUGUGUUUUGGGUUGAUUAUGAUCAUCCUUAAAAUAAUUUAUCAAUCUAGCUAAAUCUUUUUUAGAAAGGAAGAUAUACGGUCAUUAUUUACACCCACUGAGUUAUUUUUCUUGCUCAUAAUCAUUAUCAUUGAUUAAUUCAAAUGAUUCUCU